AUGAGUGUGAUUCGUCAAAUGCUUUCCAUUUCAUCAAUGUUUAAUGUGUUUCGCCAAGUUGUGAUUCGCCAAUAUCAUUCCAACCACAAUUUAAAUAAUGGAUUAAGUGCUCACCCUGGCGUUGAUCCAAAUGAGUUUAACCUUCAUGUUUCUGAGUUUUUAAAACUCUCCCAGCACUCUCUCCCAUCAUGGUUUUCUGAUCAUGGGGUUGAAUUGAAGAAUGAAGAAGAUGGAAGAGUUUUUCCAGUGCGUGAUAAUUCGUCUUCUGUAGUUGAUUGCCUUUUAAAUGAAGCAAGGCAGAGGGGAGUUAAACUGCAGACAGGAAAGUCUGUAACAUCAGCUUUUACUUCAGCUGGUGGCAAAUUUACGCUUAAAAUUGAGAAGCGCACGAUCGAUUAUGUGGAGUUUAUUGAAGCUGAUUAUUUGUUAAUCGCUAGUGGCAGCAAUCAGCAGGGUUAUAAUCUUGCCAAUCAGCUUGGCCAUUCAAUCAUUAAACCGGUACCAAGCUUAUUUACAUUCAAAAUCGAUGAUAAGCCGUUGACAGAGUUAUCUGGGAUUACAUUCCCGAAAGUCAAGGCGAGUUUAAAGCUCGAACCGUUGCAGACGAACAUUCCGGAGCUUACCCAGGUGGGGCCCAUGUUGGUCACGCAUUGGGGACUUAGUGGACCGGUUGUUCUUCGGUUAUCUGCUUGGGGUGCUCGUGAUCUCUUUAGUUCGGAAUAUAAAGGAACGCUUCUUGUUGACUUUUCUCCUGAUGUGCAUAGUGAAGAUUUGAAGUCUUUGUUAUCUCAACACAAAAAAAAAAAAAAAAUUCCGAAGCAAAAGGUAGUCGGUUCAUACCCUCCAGAACUCGGGCUUGUGAAGAGAUUUUGGAAAUAUUUGUUAAACCGUGAGGGGAUAGAUGAAGAUAUCUUGUGGGCUUCCAUUUCGAAUAACGCUUUGAUGUCGGUUGCUGCUUUACUAAAGCAGUGUUCCUUUAUAGUGAAAGGAAAGGGCCAAUUUAAGGAUGAAUUUGUCACAGCUGGAGGGGUCCCAUUGUCUGAGAUCUCACUGAAAACUAUGGAGAGCAGAAUUAAACCCCGUUUGUUCUUUGCUGGAGAGGUGCUGAAUGUUGAUGGAGUUACAGGAGGUUUCAAUUUCCAGUUUCUCUAUAUGGGUCUGCUGAUCAUCAGUCAAAAAGUAUACCUCUCAUUCUCUAUCUAA